GAGUGUCGAGAUUACAGAAAAUAUUCAGAUUUCGUAAAUGAAUUAGUAAUAACAAACAAAAUGUUAAUAUCAGACGGAAUAAAUCAUGGAAAACUGCAAUCCAUAAUAGUUGGGGAACUAAAAAAGGCUGGGUUAAAACAUCGCCUGAAGAAGAUUAUAAUGAAAAAUGUGAAAGAUCACAAGACCGUCUUUGGAGCGCCAUUGGCGAAAGUUCCAUCUUGCAGUGUUAUUUGUUGUGGUAGUACUUUGAGUGUCCCUAUGGUGGUUAGUGAAAUGUCUUCAGUUCUUCGUGCAAACGCUAAUAUGGAAGGUCUUUUUCGAAAGGCUGGUUCUCAAAGCCGACAGAAAGAUAUUAAGAGGUUGCUGGAUGCAGGAGGGUGUGUCUCGGACGGACACCACCCUAUAGACGUCGCUAGCGUUCUCAAACUAUACCUUCGGAACCUCCCAGAACCUCUCAUCAGUGCAGAAGUCCAGGAUUUGCUGCUACGCUGUAGACUGACUGCUGGAAGUGAUGCUUUGAAGCCAAUAUUGCAUACAUUACUCCUUCUACCAGUAUUGCAUGUUCAUCUCUUACAUUAUAUCAUGGAGUUGCUCAACUUCAUAGCAUCAAGACACAAAGACAACCUGAUGGAUGCUUCCAAUCUUGCAAUAGUGAUGGCUCCCAGCAUCAUGCCGCUACCAGCAGCCUCAUCAGCACAGCGACUGGAGCACCAUGUUGCACUUGUUAAGAUAUUCAUCGAAAACUCGAAACGCAUAGGGCUGCUGACUGAAGAACUAAUGAGCCAACUGGACGACGAUUCCGAUGUCUAUCUCGCAAGACGGAAGAAGCGACGAAGUGGUUCUUUCAAUCGUAUGCUGAGUGGCUUACGCAAAAUGGUUUCUGGAAACGUCAACACGCCGGCUACAGUCCGCGAAAAUGGAACAACUCCGGUUCUGAGCAAGUCAGCCUCGAAAAGGAAAUUCGACAGUUACGACGGUCUUUCUGCGAAAACGAAGAAAGAAAUUACUAACAGUUUACCUCAGAAGGACUUGUCAUUCACUCCAAUGAAAGUGGGUCUGGAGCGGAAACGGUUACGACUGAGCUUGAUGGAAGCAAGGAGUACGCCAAUAAUCAAUUCAGAGUUUAAAUCUCACAAAAACUCCGAGACCAGCGCGAGUAGUGAGGACUUGCUCACGUCCUCCGAACAUUUGUUCAGCAACCACGACACGAUAGACCUCUCCCCCGACAUGAAGCAAUCAGACAAAGACUACGUCAGAAUAUCCAAGCAGGAAUAUGAAGAAAUUAAAAGUAGAGUAUCAGCUAUAGAAACCAGAUUGUCUAGAGAAUUCACUGAAGUUGUACCAAGAGUUGUACCAUUACAGCAUGUACAAAAUGUGUAUGAACAAACAUUGGAGGAUGUGGCAAUGUUAAAUUGUCCCAAUUCAGAUCAUUUAGCAAGACGACUAAGCAAAGAAUUGAAGAUACGUCCAGAAACACAGGCAAAAAUAAUCCGGUCACCAAGUGCUCGUAAAAUCGGUUCAAUAAGACGCAGAUCCAAAGAAAACUUGACCAAAAUAGUCAGACACAAGUCAUGGAAUGUGCCAACACAAACACAAGCUAGUCAUAAUGCGGAUAGAUUUUAUCCUUAUUUGGGAUUGACUCGUCGAGAUAGAAAGAAUUCUUCGAAGCCAGAAUUAGUGGUGGCGAAAAUACAAAACCCCGAUUGGGAUAACUCAUCAGAUAAUUCCGUCAACAAUGUCUCAGAUACUAGUAUAAAGUAUCAUCUGCGGCGCAGAGUUAGUCUCGCACCAGAUUACAACCUCAACAAAACGAUUAAUAAACCGCAGAGGAGAUCUUUAAAUAUUAUGAACAAUAACAACAGCUGGGAAGGGUCGGCAUCAGAAAAUUCUAUGAACAAUACAUUGAACUCCAGUAGUAAAUCAGAUCAGCGAACGUACCAAAAUUACAAGAAUGCGAAGAGUCCGUCGCAGUCGCAGCCGAAAUGGCGAAGUGCUGCUGCAUUCUUUAUGGAUAAGACUGGUGAAGUGGAGAACUCCAGCCAGACCGGCCGGCCGUCCGUCAACAAGCUGCGACGGCAAAACGCGGGCGCAGUUCUCGCUAAAGCCAAGCUCUUCGAAUCCAGUUCAGAUAAAUCUUCUGAACAUACUGAAAAAGCAGCACAUACCGGUUUCGCAAGACGACCAAGAAUGAAUAUCCAAAAUCAGAUAAAGACUAAUAAAAACGUUGCUCUCGUUAAACCUAAAGUACAAGAGGAGGUAGCGCCCAGAAUCCCAGUUCGAGUCAAUCGAAACUUGGAUGCUUCCUCGAGUGUGCCUUUGAGGCCUUAUCGUCACGUAACAAAGGAUGACCUCGAAAGUUGGCGGAGUAGUAAGAAAAAUACGCCACCUCUAAAAAAGGUUGUGUCUCCACAGAGUAUGUUAUCGUCUAGAACCCCUCAAACACCUGCCUUGAAAAAGCCUCUGUGCACCCAAAGGAAUCUACGUACCUUAGCGCCGGCUAACGACGUACGGAAAGUAAACACUCCUUUGAAAGCUGUCCAUGUGUCGCCGAGAAGGCGGUCUCCGAGACAGAAGUUACAACGUUAUAAUCAGGCAAAUUAAUUGGCAAAGAAUAAAAUUAAAUAAAUUGAUUGAAUAUUUAAUUUUAUUCAGGA